UGACUGCUGUCACGUGACCUGCUUAUGGCUGCGCCCGGUGAGGCGCCGAGUCCCGGGGUCUGGGCGAUCUACUUGUCAAUGGCGCUUAUGUACCCGGCCCUGGGGCACGGAGACUGCGGCUGCAACUCUGUCCAGAGGGAGGGCAGUGCACACAGUCACCAGCAGGGGGCGGCAUUCAAAUACUCCCUAGAGGCCAAUGAGCCGCCAACCAGAGAAACCGGGACCGAACAGCGGGACAAUAUGGUCUUACUGUCCUCAGGGAUAUUUACUAUGGGAACAGAUGAGCCAGGAAUCCCCCCGGAUGGUGAGGGUCCUGCACGGAGGGUCCAUAUUGACUCGUUUUAUAUGGACAAACAUGAAGUCAGCAACUUGGAGUUUGAAAAAUUUGUGUCAGUGACGGGUUAUGUGACCGAGGCAGAGACAUUUGGGGACUCCUUUGUGUUUGAAGGGCUUAUAAGUGAAGAUGUAAAAAACCGCAUUGACAAGAUGGUUGCAGCUGCUCCCUGGUGGCUCCCGGUAAAAGGAACAGACUGGAGGCAUCCAGAAGGACCAGCCUCUGAUAUCCAGAAAAGAAUGGAUCAUCCUGUUCUGCACGUGUCCUGGAACGACGCCUCUGCCUUCUGCAGCUGGGCUGGGAAACGCCUCCCAACUGAGGCAGAAUGGGAAUAUGCUUGUCGAGGUGGCUUGGAGAACAGACUUUUUCCGUGGGGAAAUAAACUGGAGCCAAAGGGAAAGCAUUACGCCAACGUGUGGCAAGGAGAUUUCCCCAAUACUAACACCGAAGAAGAUGGAUACUUACAAACGGCACCGGUAACCUCUUUCCCACCUAAUGGUUAUGGCCUUUACAAUAUGGUGGGAAAUGCGUGGGAAUGGACUUCAGACUGGUGGACCACCCAACACACAGCUGAUGAGGCGUACAACCCGAAAGGUCCUAGCUCAGGAAAGGAUAAAGUGAAGAAAGGAGGGUCCUACAUGUGCCACAAGUCUUACUGCUACAGAUAUCGCUGUGCCGCUCGCAGUCAGAACACCCCUGACAGCUCCUCCUCCAAUCUUGGAUUCCGCUGUGCAUUGAGCGCCAGAUAACACCAGUGACCCUAACGCCAAGGGCUGUAUAGGACAGUCAGGCCAGGACUGCCUCAGUCUGGGGUGUCAGCUGACACCAGUCGGUAUUGGUGUCGUACUAUGGACCAUUGAGUAACACAAUUUACCUUCAUUUCACUGUACAUAAAUCGUGUUAAUAAAAUGUAUUUUGUGA